CUUUCCCUCCCACUUCUGUGUGACCAGGCCUAUGGCCCUUCCUUGGUGCGUCCUGCUCCCAAGUUUUCUGUCUUCUUCCCUCUGUUGAUCUUCUCGGGCGUUCAGUAUGUCCUUGCUGUACUGUGCUGCCCACUGCUUUCCGCUCGUAUCCUGUGGUCUUCUUACCUCUCCCUUUGAGCCCUCUUUCGGUAUGUGUGUGCCUAUCGUGUCCUUCCUCUCUGCCUGCUCGUUCUUUCCUUUUUCUCCUCUUUCGUUCUACUUUUCUUUAUCUAUUGUACAUCGCCCACUAUCGCCCUCAACUUCUUCUCCACCACUUUCUCCAAUUCUUCCUCCCACCAUUUUCUGCUCCCAUUCAGAUUUGGUUCGCUGGUUAAGUUCCGGUUGUUUGUCCUCCUCCAGUACAUCGCAGGGCAUCAUUGCGAAUAAUGUAUCUUUGAAAUCCCGGAUUAACCGCAUUUUUUCUUGACCCCUAGCACGGGAAAGCGUCACGUAUGCGUUAAAAGGUGUUAACGCUCCCCUUGGUGGCGUCCCGAUGUCUGCCCAUCGUUUGUCCUUGUGCUCGAUAAUCCAUAAAUCCAUAUG